AUGUCCGAAAAAACCGAGAAUGUAGCAGCAAAGGCUGCUGCCACUGAUGUUUCAAACACGGCUUCCGACCAAAUGAGCACAGAGCAGGUUGCGCCAGAAGGUGUUGACAUCGCUCUGGGCUGGUUCGAGGAGAUGCGAACUAUUCCUAUCGACGAGCUUGAUGCAGAGAGCACAGCUGUCCGCCGCCGAUGUGACUGGAUCUUGAUGCCCAUCAUUUGCAUUACAUAUGCUCUUCAGUUCUUGGACAAUGCUGUUCUUGGAUAUGCCUAUGCAUACGGCGUGCUUGAGGAUACCGGCAUGACUCCCGGCGACUAUAACUGGUUAGCUAGCAUCUAUUACUUUGGAUAUCUGUUUUGGGCAUAUCCUUCGACCCUUCUUCUCCAGAAACUCCCAGUGGCGACCUAUACAACUGUUCUAAUCUUCCUUUGGGGUGUUCUGACCUUCAUGUGUUGCGUUGCCAAUUCCUUUGCAGGCUUUGCAGUACUUCGCUUUCUCCUUGGUUGUCUGGAAGUCGGAAUCACGCCCACCAUGAUGGUCAUCACCUCCUCAUUUUACAAGCGUGAAGAGACACCCGUGCGGAACUCUUUCUGGCAGUCGUCGUUUGGCAGCGGCGUGGUAGUGCUUUCAAUUGUGUCGUACGGGCUCGGAAAUAGCCACAGUAGCAUUUCAAACUGGAAGCUCGUCUUCUUGUUCGUUGGAGCCAUCACGACAGCCUGGGCUGCUGUAUUCUACUAUUUCGUCCCCAACACUCCUACCGAGACUCGGUGGCUUACCCAUCGUCAAAAACUGGUUGUCAUUCACCGGAUCUCGACCAACAAGAUCGGGAUCAAGGACAAAAAGAUAAAGCCUUACCAGAUCAGAGAGGCACUUCGCGACCCCAAACUGUGGCUCCUUUGCGCAUUCCAAAUCACGAAUGGCAUCUGCAACUCCAGCGUCUCUGCGUUUGCUUCUCCAUUGAUUGAGGGCUUCGGAUUCGACGCGCUCCAGACCGUGCUUCUCCAGAUGCCAACUGGUGCUUUCGUCGCUGUGAUCGAACCGAUUCUAGGCUACAUCGCCACAAAGACAACUAACACAAUCAUCUGGAUCUCGAUUGCCGCCAACAUCCCCAACGUCGCCGGUCUUUUCGGGAUCCGCUUCAUUUCUCGGACCGAGAACCACAAAUGGGCGCUCCUCGGCUGCACCUGGCUGCAGUUCAUCUUCGGCGUGACAAACCUGUUCAGCUGGACACUCACGGCUUCCAACUUUGCCGGCCACAGCAAAAGAUCAUUUGUCAAUGCCGCCAUAUUUGCCUGCUUUGGCGUGGGUAACUUGAUAGGUCCCCAUAUAUUUUUUCCGUCGGAGGCGCCGGUGUACGAAUCUGCCAUUACGGGACUGCUGGUCUGCUUCGGAUUGAGUAUCAGCUUCAAUCUGGGUCUGCGCACAUACAUGUGGAAUGAGAACCGAAGAAGAGACGGGGCAUUCGCGCGUGGCGAGAUUCAGAAUGUGGAUGGAGAGCUGGAAGGUUUCUAUGACAAGACCGACAUGGAGAACAAAGCUUUCAGAUACGUGUUGUAG